UCAAAGAAGAAGAGGAGGAGGAGAGAAGGGGAGAGGAGGGAGAGUUGGGCGUGCUAGGAGUUGUUUUAUGUCUGUUGUAACAUACUGCGAACUGGUUUGACUUGUCACGGAGCCUGUCGGUCAAACAAUGUAUUUCAGUCAGAGAAAAUAGAAAAUAGUCAGCUAAAAAAGAAGGAAAAAGACACCCGGGAACAUUAAGGCGUUGCCACAGCAAAACUACGUAGGAUGGGCGAGCGCGCAGACAGUAACGUUUCUGCGCGUAAUACCACCGGAUCCAAGUGGCUGCUGCCUGUCAGUGAAUUCUUGGGUUUCCCUCUUGAUCAGGUGAAUUUUCUGGCAUGCCAGCUGUUUGCCCUGAUUGCUGCCUUCUGGUUUCGUCUCUACCUCAGUCCCAGCCAUGCCACUCCCCUGGUCAGGCACGCUGUGGCCACUCUCCUUGGCAUUGCCUUUCUCAUCUUCUGCUUUGGAUGGUACUCAGCUCACAUCCUGACAGUGGUGGUUACAAGCUACUUGGUAAUCAUCAGAGCUGACAUCAACAAUGUACACAGGUAUUCCAUGGUGACGGCUAUGGGCUACUUGACCGCCUGCCAAGUGAGCAGAGUCUUCAUCUUUAAUUAUGGAAUAUUGUCCACUGACUUCUCUGGGCCUCUGAUGAUAGUAACCCAAAAGAUCACCACUCUGGCUUUCCAGCUGCAUGACGGUAUGUGUAAGAAAUCUGAACAACUGACCCCGGAGCAGAAGCUUCUGGCUAUAAAUUUGAGGCCUUCUCUCAUUGAGUACCUGAGUUACAAUCUGAACUUCAUGAGUGUCUUGGUGGGGCCGUGUACUAACUAUAAGGAUUACAUAGACUUCAUAGCGGGCAGACACAUCAGCAGGAGGCUCAGACAGCACUCGGGGACAUGUAAUGGGCAGAACGGCUACGAUAAGACACCGGACCCAUCACCUCUGAGCGCUGUCUCUUGGAAAUUGCUGGUCUGCUGCGGCUGUAUGCUGUUCUUCCUCACUGUAACUCGGUCCUUGCCGAUAACAUACAACGUGGACCCCCACUUUGUCAGCCAUGCCCCCUUCCUCACCAGGCUCACCUACGCUUUCUUCUCCAUACAAGCAGCAAGGCCCAAAUUCUACUUUGCCUGGACGCUAGCUGAUGCAAUCAACAACGCUGCAGGUUAUGGUUUCUUGGGCAUGGAUGAAAAUGGAAAGCCAUCUUGGAACCUCAUCUGCAACCUCAACAUCUUGGGGAUUGAGACCGCAACCAGCUUCAAGACCUUUAUAGACAACUGGAAUAUUCGAACGGGGAUUUGGCUCAAGACGGUGUGUUAUGACCGAGCCCCCAAGCACAGGUUGGCAUUGACCUUUAUCCUGUCUGCGCUGUGGCACGGUGUUUAUCCAGGGUACUAUUUCACCUUCAUCACUGCCAUCCCCAUCACCAUGGCAGCACGAACUGUACGGAAGUCUGUUCGCCACUACUUCCUGGGCUUCGGAGGAUUGAAGCUGGGUUACGACAUCUUAACUUGGGCAGCCACCCAGCUGGCCAUCUGCUACACGGUCAUGCCUUUUCUACUUCUUGCAGUAGAACCCACUUUGGUUUAUUACAGGUCUAUGUACUUCCAUGUGCACAUCAUCAGCAUUCUGGCUGUGAUCGCCCUGCAUUGGAAACAAAAACCCAGGGAACCCUCUGCCACCACCAAAACGUUUUCCUCCGCCUCCUUCUCGUCUUCGUGCUCAGCCCAGUGCCAGCCUGUUCACUCUAACAACAAUGACAAAGUAGACUGAAAAUCCCCUCUACGUGUUCUUUACAAGGCUCUCAGUCCACGAUGUUCUCUCAGACAAGCGAAAGGGCAUUCAGCCAAUUUAAAAUGGGAAAACAUUAUUAUUUAUUUUUUUGGGACAAGACAGAGUAAAACUUCGAUGGUACAAUACGAUGCAGGAUUUAAACCUAUGCCACUGGACGUACAUGGGGCUUUUCUGACAUAUUGUAAGAUUAAGUACAUUCACCUCCCUCUACCUGCCCCAACAACAAUACAACAGAGGGAGGAGAGAAAGGAGGCUCACUUUCCUUUAUCUGCACUGACCUGCCAGCACAUUGUGAGAGCAGCUCAAAAACAGGUCACAAAUACCAGGACACACACACACACACAUACACACACACAUACUCAUGCAUAAACUGACAGACACUAGGAAACAAAUAUGCACAUACACGCUCAUACUUGGUCACAAUCGUAUGGCAUACAAAGGCUACUCUUGUGUUGCCACAACAGAAGAGCAUGCCAAGAGGAGAGAGAGCCCUGGUUUAUAUAUGUGUGUGUGUGUGUGUGUGUGUGUGAGUGUGUAUGAUCGUUUACCCUCUGUUACGUCCCACCAACCUCUGUCACUGACCGUGUGUGUGCGUGCGUGCAUGCGUGUGACCUUGUCAUGAAAAACUGGACUGCGUCGGUAUUUCUCCCACUGUUAGCUUGUAGUGGCUGGAUGUAAAAGACACUUGAAAUACCAUUUAGACCAUGCAGCUCUGAAACUGUCCAGUGAAACCAAUUAAGUCGUUUAACACAGGAUGGCAGCUCCUCCUGGUGAGGGGACUUGACUAUGCUGUAGAACAAGUAAACACUUUAUUAUAGUUUCUACGGAUAAUCAUGGGCUUUAGCUAUACCCCUGUAAACAUAAAGAAAAAAGCUAACAAAUACUUAAAGAAUAAAUUGUGCGAUAGUAUGGCAACAAGCUUUUGCUUAUGUUGCUUUGCAUUGAGUCAGCGUAGUCCCCAAGAAAUCUCCUUUUGUGCUGAAGCAGUAGGGAAUUUAAUAGUAACAUAGUCAUUGAUGUGUUACCAUGUGAACGGUGCUGGAUACCUGUUCGUCAUAUACAGUAAUAGAACACAAAGCCAUGGUGAAACUGAGAGGAAAUACAUUUGAAGUUUCUCUUUUUGGGAGGUAACUAUUGCGCACUCAAGGAAUGGGAAAAUAUGAUCAAAAAUAGAAAUUCAUAAAUCAAAUGUAUUUCCUCUGAGUGUUCAUUCUGUGGUUCUUUAUGAAAAAGAACACAUUUGAAAACAGUUUACCAGAGCUUAUCAGCAGCUGCAGGUUGAUUGAACAGAGACAUCUGCUGGUUGUUUGUAUUGUCUGAACUCUGCUGAAGGUAAGCCAAACGGGACUGACUGAAACUGCCGCGCUGCAGCAUCUCCCAACGCAACUUCAUACCAACUAUGAACAGAAAGCUUAUUUUUCUACCAAUAUUACAAUUUAAAAAUUCACAAUAUCUUCAUAAUAUCUUGACUAGUUUUUACUUUUGCUCAAUCAAACUUGAUAAAUCAGAGGGCGUUGCUCAUGAUUAGAGAUUAGUAAAGCACGGUGAACAACAAACACAAAAAGAUGCAUUAUUUAAAAUUAUUCUGCUUUUGAUCAAGAAGUUAUCACUCGAGGUUUGGGAGCAUUGGGAGUGGCACAGUGGUUUGGUUAUUAAUGGUGCUACCUGGUGCAAGCUAACAAGUUAGCUCUCAGUUACAUUUAUUGGUUGGUUGGUUUGCUAAAAAUGCUAAUAAGCUGCAAUGCAAGAAUAUUUUGUUUUGGUAGUGGAACUACCUAGUGAAGAAAAAAAUUAUAUUGCACUUGAAAAUGUCAGGUUGUCCCUUUUUUUUAAUUGCAUUGUAUGGGUUGCCUAAUGAAAAUGCUAUGUCUUUCUUUGGAUAGCUAUAGCAUGUUAACCGCAUGUUUAUCUGUUUCAUCAUGUUGGAGACACAAUCUGUGUAUUGUAUUACCUGCUUUGCAUUUUAAUCUCAACGUACUGACUGCAGGAAUUUUAUUUUAUUUUGGACUUGCUCAGUUUACAUAUUGACUCAACCCUCUAAUUCUUAAUAUGUAAAGCCUCAGACUAGAGUCUUUUUAUACAAGGAAAAAGUACAGACCAUGUACACGUGUACAUGUUUUCUUUUCAGGAGGGGGCAUCAAAAUUACAAUAAAUAAUAAAUAAAUCCAGCAGGGGAAUUAUUUAAGAUUUCAAGGGAAACAGGGGGGGUAUACAUAUUAACCUGCUAUCACAUUAACCUCUUUCUGACUAAAUCUUUUUGGUAACUUUGGAGGAAAGCUGGGGAUAUAAAUUUGUUGAUUAUUUUAGUGUUUAACUGCACAUUAGUACAUCUCGUGGAGUUAAUGAAGCAUCAGUAAUGGCUGCUCUGGGGACUUUAGAGCUGAAAAAAUACCCUAAAUGCUUAUGGUGAUACAGUUAGUCCCCACAACAGCUAAUGUCGUAGGCUGACUGCAGCCAAACUCCCCAAGACGUGUGUGUGCUGAAAAGCGAAAGCAAGUGUGGCUUUGCUAUAACAUAGAAUUGCUGUUGUGAAACAAAGCCCUUAUUAACUGAUAUGGAACUUGCCAUAACCUUUAUAUUUGUUGUUGUUAUGAGUAACCUUUUCAUUGCACUGUAUUUCUGCAUGUGGCUAAUAUGUUUAAUGCAGGGAAAUAAGCAGUGGCACAUAUUAAGCAUGAAUGUGUUGUCAGAAUGAGCAGCUAUUUGAAUGACUUAAUACUGAUUAUAAGAUAUUUUUUGUAUGUGUUUUUGCAGAAUGUGCGUGGGAUCAAAUAUUGAAACUGUGUGUGCAUGUGUGUGUGUGUACGAGAAGGAGAGAAAGAGAUACUGUCAUUGACUAUUGCUCCAUUUUAGAAUGUUUGUUAUGGAGGAAAGGGUGAGUGUAAAAAUAUAUAAAAUAUAAAAAAUGCAAAUAAUAAGUGAAACUAAUUUUUAUUUGUUCAAGUUUGAGAAUUCUGACACAAAAUGUUUUAUUUUUAAGUUAGUAUAUAAUUAAUAAUAAUGAAGAAUGAUAAACCAUUAUGAAGACAAACAUGUCACUUUGUGCGUCUUUUCGGAACAAGUAAAACCUCUGUUCAAUAAUUCCAGGUGCCAGUGAGUUGUGUUUGUUUUGUUAGUUACGUUUUACGCCGUCUCAGUUACAUCAUCAAGUCUCAUCUCUGAUGAUACUGUCAAAGUGCCUGCGUCUCUCUCCCUUGUGUCACCUGUCUGUUCCGCUCUGACAUACACUAGGUGUGUGUGUGUGUGUGUGUGUGUGUGUGUGUGUGUUUGUGUGUGCGUGCGCUGUGUUUUGAUCUAGGGAAAGGAAAAAAUGGGACAAGCAACAACAAAAUAUGCUUUCUGUUAGAUAUAUAUAAUAUGCUUACAUUUUUUUAGGGAGAACACAGUCCAAUAAAACUGUCAGUUUCUUUACUCAGUAUGAGAGUGAUUGUCCUCUCUGUGUAGAAAAUAACAUUAAAAAAAGCUAUGUGGAGAAAUACAAAUGGUUGGAUGUCCCUUAGAAUUGUUCCAACAAACACAAUCUGUAUGCAUGUUUGUGUGUUUCUGUGUUUAUGCAUGUAUUUCACUACCUGUGUCUUGUGAGAAUGUUGCUCAAUUAUGUUAUGUGUCAAAGCACUUUGGCAUGCACAAACCUGGUUUGUUUUUAAAGUGCUCUAUAAAUAAAUCUGACCAUGACAACUA